GACUAUAUUUGCCCACGGUGUGAAUCUGGUUUUAUUGAAGAACUUCCUGAAGAGCCAAGGAACGCUGACAAUGAGACCAGCUCCUCCACGUCAAACAGCGAUCAGAGCAGGCAUCCUUUUGAGAAUGUGGAUCAGCACUUAUUCACCUUGCCACAGGGCUAUGGCCAGUUUGCCUUUGGGAUCUUUGAUGACAGCUUUGAGUUUCCCUUUGGGUCCAACGUGCAGUCGGAAGACAACAGGGACUCUGAGAGCCGGAGGGAGCGAGAGCAUCAGUCUCGGCAUCGAUACGGUGCCCGGCAGCCCCGAGCCCGUCUCGCCACGCGCCGUGCUGCUGGCAGGCACGAGGGAGUUCCCACGCUGGAAGGAAUUAUCCAGCAGCUGGUCAAUGGAAUUAUUGCACCUACAACAAUACCAAACCUGGGACUAGGUCCUUGGGGAGUCUUGCAUUCAAAUCCAAUGGACUACGCCUGGGGUGCCAAUGGCUUGGAUGCAAUUAUUACACAGUUACUAAAUCAGUUUGAAAACACUGGACCGCCGCCAGCGGACAAAGAAAAGAUCCAGGCCCUCCCCACCAUACAGAUCACACAGGAACACGUAGAUUCUGGGUUAGAGUGUCCUGUGUGUAAAGAAGACUAUACAGUCGGUGAAAACGUCCGGCAGUUGCCCUGCAAUCACCUCUUCCACAACAGCUGUAUAGUCCCUUGGCUGGAGCAGCAUGACACGUGUCCUGUCUGCCGGAAAAGCUUAAGUGGACAAAACACUGCCACAAACCCCCCGGGACUCACGGGGAUGAACUUCUCAUCAUCCUCCUCCUCCUCUUCCUCCAGCUCACCAAGUAACGAAAACGCAACGAACAACUCAUGAAAUCUUAACCCACCCUCUGUCCCUGGGGCCCUGUCCAUUGUCCUCCCUCCCUCCCCGGCCAACGUACGCAGCGAAAGGGGCUUCCAGAGCAGAACGAGGGGAGGGUAGCAAAGGGGGAGCAGCACCCCCACAAUUCCCUUUUGAGUUCUGAAGACACGGAGACUCUGGGUCCUUCAGAGAUGUGAAGCCUCAAGUUCUGUUUUUGGGGGGGGGGAAGAGUUCUGUCUGUUAAUAAAAACAUCUGUGUUCCACGUGGACUUUUAACCAUUGCAGUGAAAGGCUGCUCCACCCCCAGGUGGGAACCCCGAGGCGCUGAGCUAGCGGUUGCCAUUCUCAACAGGAAGGUUGUUUGUAUGGUUUGGGAUUUGAGAUUCCUUUCUUUAUUUCUUUUGCUCUUCCUCCUCCUCCUCCUCCUCCCCUUGGAUACUAUCUCUUCUGCUUUGGAGAUUGAAGUCUUUAAAAUGAAAGUGUAAGGAUACUGCUUCCCUCCCAGGAGCUCCAGCUGGGGAGGGCCAGUAGCUGUCACUGAAACAAUGAACUCUUGAAAUAGACCCCAUUGUCCUUCCCUUCCCCAUCCCGAGUCCCAUCUAUUUUUCUUUAUAACCCUGCCCUUCUGAUACUCAACACUGAAAGGGUUUUUAUAAUUUUAAAUUAUUACUGCUGUUAAAUAAAUGGACGUUUCAGCUCAA